AUGGGACCAUCAUUUGUGUCUUUUUCACGCUCUGACCGCCGAGAGAUCGAGCGUGCAGAGGCGAGAUUGCCGGAGAUCAUAAAUUUCCGUCGCUGUCACAUCUCCUCCCAACCUUACAAAGGCAAAAGAAUAACCCUUAUACUUAACGUAACAGCUGAAACAGCUGUUAUAAUCCAAACCUUCACUCUUCUCGGCGCAAGUGUUCGUGUUUGUUCAUCAGGUAGCUGGUCCAUCAUAAGGGACGAUAUUGUAGUUGCAAUCACCUGUAAGGGCAUUCCCAUCUUUGCUAAACAAGACCAGACUCUUGAAGAGCACAGACUCUUUAUGAACCUUGCACGAGAUUGGGGUUCUUAUUCUCCUGAUGUGAUCAUCUGCGACAGGCUUCUGGAUUUUGAGCAUGAUAUCAUUGAAAAUUUUACUCUUAGGAACGAGAACAAGUGGAUUGUAACUGAUUUUGAGUUCUUGUACUCAUUGGCACUCGCAGCAUGCAAUUCGUCCCACGCUAUCAAUGGAAGAGGUCUCAAUUAUGACCCUGAGGUCCCUCAGUUGCACAGCCAUCGCUACUCCUUGCCUGGGCUUUUGAAGAGAGCCACCAAGGGCAAUGUUGCGGGGAAGAAAGUUGCCCUUUUGGGUUAUAGUGACGCCGGAAAGGAAUGUGCUGCUGUCCUGAUGAAUGCCGGAGCUAAUGUGGCAGUGAUCGCCCAUCAUGAAAAUGCUUUCUCCGACUUUGACAUCGUUGUUUACUCCGGUGUUGGCCACGGCGGCAAUGACCUUGUUAUCAAGGUUGACUAUAUGAAGUGUAUGAAAAACGGUACAAUCGUGUGCAACAUAGGUGGCUUCGCCGGCAAAGGAAUCGACAUGCGAGGACUUCAAGAUUAUCCUGGUGUGGAGUGCCUCAGCGAGGACCAGGAAAUGGAAAAGUGGGUCUUUCUAGAUCAUGGAACUAGCAUCAUCGUAUUAGCCCAAGGACGACCCAUGGAGUUGUUUUGUACGGAGGUACUUGAACUCCGAACAAAACCCGAGUACUUUUACAGAAAUGGAUGGGAGUUGAUUCGGAACAACAGAGACGAUUUGGUGUCAAUCAUUCGAGUGGCUUCUCGGCUUUUCGAAGCUUCCAAUGUGAACCAGAGACGCUGCUUUGGCUCUCUCGAAUGGUUCACUGUUUAUGGGACCAUCAACAAUCUUAGAAGACCUUUCGAGAACCAAGGGAAGAGGAAGUCCGUAAUCGACACAGCUGUUUUGGACUUCACUGUCGACGGAGGGCUGAGGGCUGAGGGCGGAGGGCGUGGGGAGAACGAGAGCCGAAGGUGUGAUAAAAGAAAGGCGUCGCCAUAA